GUACUAAUCUAAAAAUAUUUCAACGAAACGAUUUCUAAAAUCCAUCUAAAGUUCAUUUUUAAAUCGCAGAAGAAUUCAAAGUAAGUAAUGAUGUCUCAAGCCGAAGUUACGGAACCCGUUUGUGCCGUUUGUUUAGUGCCUGCGAAAAACUUCUGUUCUGCCUGUAAAUUGGUUAAAUAUUGUGGCACAGAACAUCAACGCCAACACUGGAAGCAGCAUAAAAAAGAAUGUCGUCCAUUUCGCAUAGCUAAGGAUGAUAUUUUAGGCCGCUAUCUUAUGGCAACUCGAGAUAUUCAGGCCGACGGAACUAUAUUUAUCGAAGAGCCUCUUGUUGUAGGCCCUAAGUGGUAUUUGUCAGAACAAGAACGAGAGACCCCUGUAAUGCCAUGCGUCGGCUGCUUUACACCCUGCCACAUGUCCACCCGACGAUGUCCCAGAUGCCACUGGCCCGCUUGCUCGCCUAGAUGUUUGGGUCUGAAAGAUCCCAAUAUUCAUGGUUUAGAAUGCAAAAUUCUGUCCUUAGGCCCCGGACCAGCUAAAAAAGAAGAUUGCUUAAGUAACUAUUAUCGGACCGAUGCUUUACUGGUUUUAAAGUGCUUGAUGCUUCAGAAGCAAAAUCCUAAAAAAUGGCACGAUUUACUAGAUAUGCAAAGCCAUGAAGAAGAGCGGAAGGGUACGGAGCUUCAGGAAGAUGCUGAAGAACGUAUAGUUUCCUAUUUAAACAGUAAUUUCCUUCUAAAACCAACGCAGAAAUUUCUUAGCGAAUAUGACGGCAUGUUAUUACGACGGAUUUGCGGUAUUAUUGAAACGAAUUAUAUGUGUGUUAGUCUACCUACGGGAAUUGAGCUUAGUGGUUUAUUUUAUACUGCUUGUAUGAUGGAACAUUCUUGUCAACCGAAUUGUUAUUUUUCCUUUGACCGGCACAAUGGGUUUCGAAUAUCUGUUAUAGCUGGACGUACUAUUCAGAAAGCCAUAACCAAACAUUUCCAUUGCAAAUGUGAAAGAUGCAGUGACCCCACUGAAUUAGGAACGUAUUUCAGUGCUUUGAAUUGUGUGAGCGCUACAGAAGAGCCCUGUGAUGGCAUACAAUUACCAAAAGAUCCUCUUAAUAGUAAAACCGAUUGGAUUUGCGACAAGUGUGCAAUAACCAUAAACGGGGAAGAGGUACGUUAUUUGCUAACACAAAUGACCGAAGAAGUUGAAACUUUGUUAGCCCAGAAGCCAAGCAUCAAGCAGGUGGAAAAUUUAAUGAACAAGCUGGGCACGUUUCUACAUAAUCAUCACUAUCAUAUGUUUAGCCUCAAACAUACUCUAAUACAAUUAUAUGGCAAAGAACCAGGAUUUACAAUAAAUCAACUUAGCAACGCCUUAUUAGAGAAAAAGUUGGAUAUGUGUAAAGAACUGAACGAUAUUUGUAGAAAACUCGAUCCAAGUACAAUACGUUUAUCAAUCUAUGUAAGCAUAAUAUUGUAUGAAAUGCAUACAGUUUUAGUUGAGAAGUCUAAACGUUUAUUUGCUAUGGAGAACAAGACAUUAGAUGAAGUAAAAGCAUUGCAGGAAGAAGCCCUACAACAUCUUUCGUUAGCCACCCACUUAUUGAAGAAAGAAAUGGAUAACAUAGCUGGCAGUAAAUUGAAUGAUUGUAUUGUAAAGUCUAUUGAAGAGGUAAAAUCUUUGAUCGAGAAAAGCAAUUUAAAAGUUUAUUGA